GCGGGACACACGUCACCGGCCCGCCCCCACCCCCGUCUGUUCCGCCAUGUUGUUUCUCCCUUCCCUCAGCGCCCGGCGGCGCAGCUGUGUCUCGGUGCUGUGGGCAGCUCCUAUCCGUGGGCAGAUGCUGAAUCAUGAUUUAAACUGAACUGCUAAGGUCUAGGAAACAAGGAGGAUCUGUUUCCUUAACAAUGGCAACAAAAUCGUCACUCCUUAAAGUAAUACUGCUAGGAGAUGGUGGAGUUGGGAAGAGUUCCCUUAUGAAUAGAUAUGUCACCAACAAGUUUGAUGCACAGCUUUUUCAUACAAUAGGUGUGGAAUUCUUAAACAAAGAACUGGAAGUGGACGGACACUUUGUCACUCUGCAGAUCUGGGACACAGCAGGUCAGGAACGUUUUAGGAGCCUGAGGACUCCUUUCUACAGAGGUUCUGACUGUUGCCUGCUUACCUUCAGUGUGGAUGACUCUCAAAGCUUCCAAAACCUAAGCAACUGGAAGAAAGAAUUCAUUUAUUACGCAGACGUCAAGGAGCCUGAAAACUUUCCAUUUGUGAUACUGGGUAACAAAGUCGAUAUAAAUGAGAGGCAAGUGUCUACAGAGGAAGCCCAAGACUGGUGCAGGAAUAAUGGUAAUCACCCCUAUUUUGAAACCAGUGCAAAAGACGCCAUUAACGUUGCAGCAGCCUUUGAAGAAGCUGUUAGAAGAGUUCUAGCCUCUGAAGAUAGAUCGGAUCAUUUUAUUCAAACAGAUACAGUAAACCUCCAUCGGAAACCGAAGCCUAGUUCAUCUUGUUGUUGACUUAACUUUCUUUUUCUUUCUUGCCAAAUUACUUCCAACUAGCUUACUCUGAAGAGGAUGGGAAAGAUGUAGAUAAAAUAACAAAUGGGUUUUACUCUACUACUGAAGUUGUAAUAUUCUGCUGCUUUCCUGGGGGAGCAAAACAGAUUUUCAUUCAUGAGUGACCCGUUAUUGAAUUAGUGACGCUUCCUAUCUAGGAAGGUGUAAAGUAAAAAUGUUAACCUAAGAAUGUAGUUUGCCAACUCUAAAUGAUAAAUACUUUGAAUAUAAUUAAAACUUGAAGUUCUAGAAGCACUACUUUGGUGAAACUGUUCUGGAAUUGAGAUACAAAGAAGCUUUUAUAUGUAUAUAUAUUUUUAUGAAAUUAGCAUUCCAUUUUGUUUCACUAGAACUCAGUUUCUUAACCAUGAGAGAUAUUAAACUUUAAUUUCACCGCAUUCCUUUUGAUGUGAGUGGUACUUCAUCUCUAAUGCAUUUACUACAAGUUAACAUAAAUUCCUUCAAGUUUCCUGUAGUUAUAAUUUGUGUAUGUUUUUAAGUAGGAAAUGAGUUUCCUACGUAUUUAAUGUCCAUCUUCCUUUCGUUUACUAUUCUAAUGCCACAUGAAUUUUUCCAGCAGUUCAGUGCAAAAUGUGAUUUAUUUUUUUUUAAUACAUCUCCUCCUUAUGUCCCAUUCUGGCACGUUUCUGAUUAAUAGAGUAAAGAAAAAAUCUGGAUAAACCAAGUAUUUUUCAUAACUAAGAAUGGUUAUAUGUACUUUAUUCCAUCAGCUUUAGUAACUCUUGGAAAUUUGCCAUAAUGUGGAUCUCUUCAAGAAAGCUUUUAGGAUACAGCCUUAAAGUUCUGACCUUAUUGUUCCUGUUCACCUGAGCUAUGAAUGUGUUUGUGAUCUCUGUACUGUGAAACUAAGGAUUUGCAAUACAUAGGGAACUCAGGAAGCUCUUGACUUAGCAGGUAGCGACAGCUUUCCACUCUAGUACGAAUAGAUACCUAUAACGUUUGAGCCAAAUUUGAUGCUUAUUUAAUACGCCGUCGUAGGGUAGAGACUUAAACCUUGGUAUUACUGUACUCAUUAACUGACAGCGAACAGAAACAAGUUCCAUGUUUAAUGGAUAAUCUUUCUGUAGUGUUGCAGAUGAAGCCCCAGGAUGUGUAUUUGAAGCUCUCCACUGCUGUCCCAUGGUAGAAUACUUGUAUGAGAAGCUCUUGAAAGCUGACUCUCAGAGUACUCAAUAUCCUUUCAAUAGCAAACUUGAUAAUGCACUAUUGCUUCAAUGUGUAACCUGACUACAAGCAUGCCUGUUAGUGUACACAUUGUAGACCUCAGAAGGAAAUCAAAGGCCUACAGGACGGGCCGUGUUUUUCACUAAAUUAUGCAGACUCUGCUUUCUGUACUGCAACCUUUUUGUUGUAAUAGAGCUUUUCUUGAUAGUACAGUAACAGCAAGAGUCUUCUCUUAACGUGUUUGCUUUGUACCAGAUGUUAUUUAGAAGUAAAGCUUGCAAAACAAA